GUGCUGCCCUUAAGUUAUAAUGAAUAUCCUUCGGCUUUUCCUGCUCGGGGUUUUGCUGAGUUGUGUCUUAGCUGUUACGGCAGACACCCCUGUAGGGCAUCUACAAGUAUUAGGCUCGCAUCGGCCACCGAGUAUUGACAUUGACGAGUUUACGUUGGACAACGCUCCGAAGCCCGAAGCUUUCUACCGAGAUUAUGUUAGAAAUGGUAAAGCUGCUAUAUUCCGAGGCGCAGUACUCGGUUCGAAAGGAUUUAAUCUCUGGACCGAUGAAUACAUCAGAGAAAACUAUGGCGAACUCGAGGCUCGGAUCGAAGGAAAGAAAGAAAAAGGCGGCGGAAUACCCGUGGGUGAAACAUACAUCGGGCGAGAUACACUAAGACAUUUCGUUGACACGUACCAUAACUCUAGCAGCUACAUGGUGUCGGAGCUACCCCAGCAGAUGUUUAAAGAGGUUGGAAUCAUUCCGUCAGUGGGCGCUUGUGGGUUGAUGGCUAAAAGGUUCGUCGAGAUUGAUAUUUGGUGGAACGGAGGAGGAGGAAAGAGCAUCAUACACAAAGAUGCUUUCAAUCAAAUCAACUGUUUAUUCCGCGGCACCAAACAGUGGAAGCUGUUCGAGUAUAAAUAUGAGAAGUGGAUUUAUAAACAUGUAGAAAGAGAGGAUGCUAUUGGAGGUUUUUCUGACGUUAAUGUUGAUGCAGUAGAUCUUAUUAAACAUAAAGACUUUGCGAAAAUACCAUGGUCUAAUAUUACAAUAUACGCCGGUGAUUGUUUGUAUUUGCCCAAGAGUUAUUACCACCAAGUUUACUCUGAAGGAACAAAUAACCUCGCGGUGUCGAUUCUCUUUAGUAGAAUGGAUGGUUUGGAUGAGAUAGAUGUUUCAGAUUGUAAUGAUAAGACAGACUAUAAAGCGAUAAAGCAUUUGGAUGAGUUUGACGUGAUGUGGAAAUGGAAUGGCAGUGGUUACAUGUCAAUGGGGCGCGGGGAUUUAGUUUACGGCCACCAGCAGGACUUGAUUGAGAAUAUCAACGACUUUGGUGAAGAUCUUACUGUGGACAUGUUGUCUGAAUCGCAAGGUCUCAUAGCGGGGCAAGCACCUAAGGAGAAAUUCCCGGACCUCGAAGCUAGGAAUAUUUCAAGAGCUUUUGAGCUUCUGGACCUAAAUGGGAAUGGAAGAUUAAGCGUUGAAGAAGUGGAGGGGGCAACAUGGGACGCGCUGAGGUAUUAUGGGCUACAGAUUGAAGAGUACGAGCCUUCAAACUCGUACAUAUUCGAGUAUUCUCUUAUACCAUAUGAGAAAGUCCGUUGGUUAGUGACUGAAUGUUUCAAGAGGUAUGAGAAGCUAACCAGAGCUAAGUGGGUUAAGUUGUAUGUGAAAAACUUGAAGGGUACGGAGCAUUAUGCCAACAUUGUGUUCGAUGGUUUGGCGGGUUCUGCUGACGUAGUUGUUGCUAGUGACGUCACAGAGAAUAUUAUAAAGAAAGCAUUGGAUGGUUGGAUUCAAUACUGGGCUCCACAGUAUUCAAUUAUGAAGCACAGGCCUGAUGAAGAUGGAAGAGAAAAGGAAGAAAAAGGCGAUGAGAGAGAAGAUGAUAAAGAAAGUAAAGAUGAGAGAGAAGAUGAUGAAGAAGGCAAAGAUGAGAGAAAUAGAAACAAAAAAGAGGAACUUUAAACUUCUGAUCUUGAUUUUGGGAAGACUAAUAUUUAUUUUUGCAGCUGUGUUGUUGGAAUAUGUCACUGGUGCUAAGGUAACUACAAGGACAUUAACUACAAACAAGAAUUGUCAUUUCAAAAACAUAUAGUUCGCCUUAUGAGCGUUUGGUAAACUGAACUUUUUGACUUUCAAAACACAAGUGUUUGGAUGGAAAAAUGACAAAUUUUCAUAAUGGUAUAAAGGAAAACAUAAAGUAUUAUGAACAUAUUCAACUUUUACAAAAGUAAAGUAAAAAUGAAUUCGUAUAAUUUUCAUACAAAGUAAGAAAUGUUUUUGUCGUGCGUUGUCCGCGUGAUUGUUGCAACGGAAUAAAACUGAGAAGUGCUCA